AGGUUGACUAACUAAUGAUGGUAUAUAAAAGGCUUUAAAUUUUUGGCAAUGAUGCAGAGUACAUCUCGAUCAUCACAAGCGGAAUAAGACAAGUGAACAAGAUGAAAGUUACUCUGCUAGCUGUGGUGGCACUCACUACAGUGGCCGCCCUCGUCGGUGCAGCCGAUCCUGAAUGUGUUUACCGGAAGAUUCGAGGUCUCUCGACGCACUGGCCGAAGCCCUCGAGCUGUUCCAGCUACUACCGCUGCUCCUCGAAGAACACCGUGCGCACGGUGACGUGUCCUUUGGGCAAGGAGUACAAUCCCAAGACGGGCCGAUGCUCCACCGCAGGACGAGGUCUCUGCAAGCUGAGCCUGGUGGCCCCCCUGGCCGAGACCACCAAUGUGUGUUCCGCCGAGGUGAACGGCGCCUAUCUGGCCAGGAGUGGCUAUUGCGGCGAGUUCUACAUCUGCGACGAGCAGCAGGCCUUCGCCCAAAAGUGCGACUCCGGUAGCUACUUCAAUGAGACCCUAAGUGCCUGUGUUCCGGAUACGAACUCCACCUGCUGGCAGAACCUGUGCAUCGGCAAGACGAGCGGUGUCUUUGUGGAAAAUGAGCAGAACUGCGGCAGCUACUAUGUGUGCUCCGAUUCGGAGGCCACCCUGCAAACUUGCCCCUCGGGCAGCUACUUCAACACUUCGGUGGACGCCUGUACCGUGGAUGUGGGCAACAAGGAGUGCUGGGUUAACUACUGCAUUGGUAAGACCGAUGGUUCGGCUGUGGCGGAUGAGUCCAGCUGCACAGCGUUUUACGUGUGCUACGGCAACACGGCCACUGCUCAGGAAUGUCCCGAGGGUAGUCACUUUGAAAAGGACUCAGAUUGGACCUGUGUGCCUGGCGAUUGCACUACGGAGUCACCCUGCGAUGAUACGACUACCUCAACCACUGAACCCUGUGAUGAUAUCACAACCACUACAACUGAACCUUGCGAUGAUUUGACGACUACAACCACCGAACCCUGUGAUGAGUUGACCACGGAGCCACCUACCUCCUGCGAUUGUGGUGACAUCAAGAACGCCGAGUUCGUUCCCGAUAAGGAGAAUUGCCGCAAGUACUACAUCUGCAUUGAUGGUGAACUGGUGACCGGAGAUUGCGGCAAGGGCAACUUGUUCAACGAAACCCUGAGUGUUUGUCAGGUGGAUGAUAAUAACCAAUGCUGCGUGGCGGAUUGCACAGAAGGGGCAACGAAACUGGAUGUCCAGGACUGCACCAAGUACUUCAAGUGCCAGAGUGCCGACUGGACUUCCCUAUCCUGUCCGGCAGGAAGUUACUUCAAUGUGACCCUCGAGACCUGCGAAGUGGACGAGAAAUACGUGUGCAUUGAAGCUCCAACUACUAGGCAAUGCAAUGCUCGAGAUCCUGUGGCCAGCGGAGCAAAUUGCUGGAGCUACCAGGUCUGCAUCGAUGGAUUGUGGGAGGAGGAGACCUGCCUGGCUGACUACUACUUCGAUGCCUCCGCGGGCAUUUGCCGACCGGAUACGGACAACAAGUGUCCCGAGAACCGAUCGCGACACAAGAGAAGCCUCGAGGAUUGCACCUGCGAGGGAGGCAUCGAGCAGGGAGCGAUCAUCAGCCAUCCCACCGAUUGCGACAAGUAUCAGAUCUGCGAGAAUGGACAGCUGGUCACGGGCCUGUGCGGCGUGGGCAAUCUCUUCAAGAACUGCAGCGGCGUCUGUGCGCCAGACACCAAGGCCACCUGCUGGGUGUGCUUCAAUAAGCCGAAUGGCUACCAGAUGCCCAAUCCCACCGACUGCACCAGCUACCUGACCUGCUGGAACGGCCUGGCCACGGAGCACUCUUGCGGCGCGGAUGAGUAUUACAAUGGCAAUGGUGACUGCGUGCCCGACUUGAAUGCCAAGUGCAUCAAUCCCUGCACCUGUGCCAAUGGCAAUGUGGCCCAUCCCAUUUGCACCGAGUACUUCCAAUGCACCGACGGUGUUGCCCAGGUGGUCGAGUGUCCCUCGGGCGAGGCCUUCGAUUCCGAGACUGGUCUCUGCUCCGCCAGCGUGGAGUGCUCGGCCAAGAACUGCGCCACCGCCUCCGAUGGCACCACCUAUGCCGUUGCUGGGGAUCCCAGCAAGUUCUACCUGUGCCUCAACCAGGAGGCAACCAUCGUAGCCUGUCCGGCCAACACCGCCUACACUGCUACUCUGGGCAUCUGCAAGACGGUACCCAGUAACGACUGCGAUCAGACCGUUUGCAAGACUGCCGCCGUGGACUCCACUUACCCCUCCCAGAAUAAUGACAAUUCUACUUUCUGCGUUUGCCUAGACGAUGGUGGCUAUCUGGAAUCCUGCCAAACUGGCUGGUUCUACGAUGAAACUCUGGAUAUCUGCACUUUCCCGGGCAACUGCGAACCGCAGAUCUGCAGCGGAGAGUCGGAGUACUACGUGUCCCCGGACUACGAGGAUCCCAAUAGCUUCUGCCUGUGCCGCGCCGGCGAACCCGUCUCAGUGCCCUGUCCCCGGGGCUACACCUUCGAUAGCGAGGAGCUCGAGUGCGUGCUCAUUCCUCAACCAGAUCCUCGUUGUUGCCGCAAUAUUUGUGUGGGCCAUUCGGACUUCGACACUGUUCCCGCCGCGGAGACUACCGAUGGCUUCUGCCUCUGCGUGGAUGAGGUUCCCAAGUACGUUAGCUGCCCGGAUAAUACCGAAUACGACAAGGAGCUGGGCUACUGCACGAGCACUGGGGAGGAAGGCACUUGCGCUGUGAAUGACUGCGAUACCACCACUUGUGAGAAGGAAUCCGACUACUAUACCUUCCCCGUGGAGGGCGAGCCAUCCGGUUUCUGCUAUUGCCUGAACUACUGCCCCAUCUAUUACGCCUGUCCCGGUGAACUGGUCUAUGACGAAGAGUUGGGAAUUUGCAAGGAAGCAGUGGAUCCCUGUGUUGUGCCCAAGUGCAAUGCCGAGAAAUGUGACGUCCUGGCGGAGUACACUCCAUAUCCACCCAACGAAGGCUUGGAUGGCUUCUGCUAUUGCAACGGCGGCCUGCCCAUCUUUUAUCCCUGUGACGAAGGAAUGGAAUUUAAUGAAAACCUGGGAAUUUGCAAAAAGCCCGAGGAUGGCUGCGUGACUGCCUUGUGCGAUGCUGCCAAGUGCUCCACCAUGGACGAUUACGUGCCCUUCCCAACGACCGGGGCCACCGAUGAUAGCGCUUCCUUCUGCUACUGCAAUGGCGAUGAGGUCUACCUAGCCGAGUGCAGUCCCGAAAUGGUGUUCGUUGAGGAUCUGGGACGAUGUGCAGUUGUGGCGGCCUCCGAGUGCAUUUGCGAGGCGGGUCAAUGCACUGAAAGCGAUGACUACCAAUCCUAUCCGGCCCUGACAACCACCGAUGGCUUCUGCUUGUGCGUGGCCGGAACUCCGGUCUUCAAGGAUUGUCCAGAGGGCAGUAGCUACAACAACGUCUUGGGUGCCUGCCUGGUGGCCGCCAAGAUCGAUGCAGCCAUUCUCUGCGAUUCCACGAGAUGCCACAGCCGAGCCCUUUUGGCCACCACUUUCGCAGCCACCAAUACGAGCAGUGGCUACUGCAGCUGCCAGGAGGUGGGAGUCUCCACCUUCACCAGUUGUGCCGAUGAGCAUGUCUACGAGGAGGAAGCGGGUGCCUGUGUGAUUGAGGCCUGCGACUAUACCAACUGCCUGAACAAAGCCAACUUCGAUACGUUUGCGGCCAAGAACGACACCGAAGGAUUCUGCUCCUGCGAGGGUGCGGCCACCUUCCACAAGUGCCAAACGGGACACACAUUCGACAAGGCCCAGGGCAUUUGUAGGCUGAAGGAGGCCCUGGCGAUGAUCUCUUGCAAUUUGAAGGAAUGCCUGAGGCGCGGCCAAUUCGAGCCCUUUGCCGCCGAGAACACCAAGGAGGGAUUCUGCUCCUGCGAUGACCAGGACCGCAUCACGGUCACCUAUCAUCCCUGCUCAGCGGGCCACCUCUUUGCCCCCGAACUUGGCGUCUGCCGGGAUCACAGCGUCCAGAAGCGUUCCGUGGAGGCGGAGGAAAACACUUGCGACUUGGACGAGAAGCGUUCGGUGCCAGCGAACUGCUCCCAGUACGAGGUGUGCAUCGAUGGCCACUGGCGGCGACGCACUUGCUCCGACCAGCGUUACUACAAUCCGGAGCAGCAGCGAUGCCUGGAGCCGCGGGACGACCUGGUCUGUGCCUACGCCAGGGUAUCCAAUCUGCCCGCCUGCAGCAAUGUCAGCGAAUCCCAGACGGUGGUGGCCAAAAGUGGCAACUGCCUGCAGUACUUCCGCUGCUCCGGUGGCAAGUGGCGCCUGCGCAGCUGCCCCAGGCAGCACUACUACUCUCCUGCGAUCGGCUCCUGUCUGCCGCUGCCGAGGGGCCAGGAGCAGCAGGACAGGAAUCAAACCAUGUGCAGUUGGCCCAGUAAUUCCUCUCCAGAUUGCCAGCACCUGGCAGUGCGUCCUUCCAUUGCCGGCGGCUGUCAGAGCUACCUGAUGUGCCUGGACAACUCCUGGUGGCUGCAUCAGUGUCCCCUGGGCAUGUACUUUAGCCGGCAGCUCAACUACUGUCUGCCCAAUGAUGGGGGGCAGUGCUCGCUGCCCAAGGAGCAGGUGAACUGCUUCAGGGGAGACAGCAGAUCCCUGGUGGGCAGUUGCCAUAGCUACGAGUUGUGCGGGGAGAAUGGUCAGUGGAUAAGGAGACGCUGCCAGGAGAGGGAGCAAUUCGAACCCCUGCUGGGAUGUGUGCCCAGCGAUGGAAGCUGCCAGGCUAAUGGGAUGCGGAGGAUCUGCCGGGAGGGCGAGUUGCGUGCUCAGUUAGGGAAGAACUGCUCGCAGACAUUCCUCUACUGCGAGGCGGAGGAAUGGCAUCUGGGCAGCUGCCUGAGGGGUCACAGCUUUGCUGGCGAUCUCAACAAGUGCCAAUUGCAAUCGCAAUGUCAGCUUAAAAUCAGGGAUCUCCCCUCGCCGGAUAACCUUUGUCUGGGUCAGUCGGAUGGCCUAAGUGUCGCCGAUCCCUCGGAUUGCACGAGAUUCUACCUCUGCCUGCAGCAAGUUCCUGCGAUCCUGCAGAGCUGCUCCUCCGGCAGCUUCUUUGACUCCCGCGAGGGUUACUGCCGACCCAACGAUGGCUCCUGCCAGCUGGCCAUCUGCUCGGGACUGGAGGAUGGCAGGCUGGUGGCCCAUCCCAAGGACUGCCGCUCCUACUACAGCUGCUCCAGCCAGAAUGGAACCAGGCUGAUCCAAUGCGAUGAGGGUCAGUACUUCCACAGCCUGCUCUCCGUUUGCCGCGUGGAUCAUGGACAGUGCAGAAAUAUAUCCAAUGAGGAGGAAAAGAAAGGUGGAACCAAUCUAUGCUCCGGUCUCCAUGGAGUGAGAAGACCCCACGAACUCUACUGCAAUUUGUACUAUGCCUGCGUCAAGGGAUUGGCCAUUCCCGUCGAGUGUCCCUUUCAGCAUCAGUUCAAUCCAGUGCUAUCCAUUUGUGAGCCCGAAUCGCAGGCCCUUCAACCAUGUCCCAAUGGUCAGCUGGAGGGGAAUGUCAGCUAUGUCUACAGUUGUGGCAGCCUGCCAGAUGGCAGCUUCCUGGCCAAUCGGACCGACUGCACCCGGUACUUCAUCUGCGCCGGGGGAGUGGCCACCGCCCAGCGAUGUUCAGCGGGCAGCUUCUUUGAUUCAGAGCAACUACUUUGCCUGACGGACGACGGCUCCUGUCCGCUGGUGGAAACGGUGCCCGAUGAUGACGAUGAAAACCCAAACAACCAGCAUGUUCCUCCAGAUCCUCUCGUUUGCGAGGGCAAACAUGGCUAUAUUAUGCCCGAUCCGGCCAAUUGCAAUAACUUUUAUCUGUGCGUCUCGGGAAAACUGCGCCAUGAGCUCUGCUACACGGACUACUUCUUCAACGCGACAUUGCAGCAGUGUCAGGGGUACGAGGUCAACUCGGAUGGGGAUUUAAUGACAGAGAAACCAAUGGAAUCCCAACAGGAGGAAAGGGCGGCGGCGACUGGGAUCUGCAAGGAUGCGGCCACCACUUUUGCCGGAAUAUGUGGAGUCAUAGGAAAUGGAGCCUCGGUGGCGGAGCAGGGUGACUGCAGGCGAUACACCAGCUGCGAGGAGGAUGAGCCCGUUUCCCAGCGAUGUCGCAAUGGCGAGAGUUUCGACAGCCUUUUGGGAAUCUGUCGCCAGAACGACGGCACUUGCCUCAUGGAGAACGGCGAACGGGUGGGCGUGUGCAACGGAAAGCACGGUCAACUGGCCCGGGAUGCGGACAACUGCCGGGGAUACUUCACCUGCGUGCAUGGCCAGAAGAUCGAGGGAGAGUGCGCCCAGGGAGAGAUGUUCAACCGGCUGACCAGCAGCUGCGAACUGGAUGCACUGCAGCAGUGCAAGAGCUCCACGGACGAGGUGAUCAGCGGCGACAAUCUGGGUUAA